GUAUCCAUCUCUGGCAGCAAUUGCUUUUUAUUUCAGUAUGCACAGCUCAAGUAUUUAUCAGGGAGUUGUUUCCAUCUUCCUUUUCAUCAACAUAACUCCUGGGUGUAUUGCAUAAGGUUGCAGUUAUAUCUAAAGGCCACAAGAGGGCAGACUUGUCCUCUGAAGAUUUUAUUUAGCUACAGAAAUAUAUCUGCUCAAACUAGCCCUGCUCUCUCCUCCCCCUGGCUCAGUGAUUCACCCUCCCAUCUCUCCUCUCACACACAAAGGACUGCUUCAUUAGGGAUCCUGAGGAUGUUUUUGCUACAGAUGGAUUAUUUUUGCUAUAAAACACAUAUGAAUUUAUAAACAACAGGCAGUGUGGAUUAUAAAACAUCUAUGAUACAGCAAAUAUCAAGGAAACAUUGUAAGAUAUGGACAUCAGAGACUGCUGUCUGUGUUGGAAAUGGCAAGUAGCUUUCUCCCUUCUCCUUUGUAGCUGGGGCUGGGUCUCUGGGCAGCUUCGUUAUUCUAUUGUGGAGGAGUCUGAUCCAGGGACAUGGGUAGGAAAUGUAGCUCAGGAUCUGGGCAUAAAACGUGCAGAGAUUGCUCAGCGCAGAUUACAUUUGUCAUCUGAGAAAAAGCAAAAAUAUUUUACUGUAAAUAAGGAAAAUGGAGGUUUGAUUGUUAAUGACAGGAUUGAUAGAGAAACCCUAUGUGGAUCCAGUGUGAGCUGUGUGAUGAAUUUAGAGAUGGUUGCUGAAAAUCCAUUAGAGCUUUUUAGUCUAGACAUAGAUAUUCAGGAUAUUAAUGAUAAUUCUCCCACAUUUGUAUUUAAUAAUCGCAUUAUAGAAGUUACAGAGUUCUGGACAAGUCCUGGUGCUAAGUUUUCCUUAGAGAUUGCAAAGGAUUUGGAUGUUGGUAUUAAUGGUGUUAGUCAGUACAUAUUAAAUACAAAUCCUUAUUUCUCAUUGUCUGUAAAGAAUCGCAAGGAUGGCACUCUCAUCCCUCAGCUGAUAUUAGAGAAGGUGUUAGAUAGGGAGGAGAAACAAGAACACAAUCUUAUUCUCACUGCUAUUGAUGGUGGAGAACCGGCUAGAUCAGGAUCCUGUCACAUCACAAUAAAAGUGUUAGAUAUUAAUGAUAAUCCACCAGUCUUUGAUCAGCCAGUAUAUAAACUCAAUCUGAAAGAAAAUCUCCCUCUCUAUACGGUGAUAUUAACUUUAAAUGCUUCAGAUCUUGAUGAGGGAGCAAAUGGUGAAAUUUUGUAUUAUACUGAUGAGCACACAUCUGAAUCUGCCCGAGAAAAAUUUUCUUUAAAUGAACAUGGUCAGAUCUGUAUUAAUGGAUCUGUUGAUUUUGAAGAAGCAAAUUUUUAUGAAAUUUCCAUCAAAGCAGUAGACAAAGGACUUCCUAAACUGGAAGGUGACUGUCUGGUUCAUAUAGAAGUAGAAGAUGUAAAUGACAAUUAUCCUGAGAUUUCUUUUGCUUCUAUGGCAAAUGAGAUUCCAGAAAAUGCUCCUGUGGGAACUUCUGUGGGAUUGAUUAAUGUAGUAGACAAGGAUUCUGGGAAAAAUGGAGAGAUUCAAUUGGAAUUAUCCCCCAAUAUUCCAUUUAGAAUUGGAACUAUCAAAAAACAUUAUUCACUGGUCACUGAUGGGAUUUUGGAUAGAGAAAAAAUAGCCCAAUACACUAUAGAGCUCACAGCUUCAGAUUUAGGCUCUCCAGCUCUGUCCAGUAAAAUGACUGUUAUUCUCAGGGUUUCUGAUGUUAAUGAUAAUGCACCAGCAUUUACACAAUCUACCUAUAAUGCUUUUAUUAAGGAGAACAGUGACCCAGGAAUUCUUCUAUGUACAGUGUCUGCUACUGAUGCAGAUGAGGGGGUUAACUCUGAUCUGCUGUACUCUAUAGUCGAAACCCAGAUAGAUGGAUCGUCUGUAUCUUCUUUUGUUUAUAUAAAUUCUAAUACUGGUGAUAUAUAUGCUCAGCGUUCCUUUGACUAUGAACACAUUCAGACUCUACAAAUCGCCAUAAAAGUAGAAGAUUCUGGAUCUCCAAAGUUAUUUUCUACUGUCCCUGUCUAUAUAUUCAUAUUGGAUACAAAUGACAACUCUCCCACCCUGCUGUAUCCGGAGCACUCUGAGGAUCUCAUUGUCCAAGAGAGGAUCCCAAAAUCUACAAGUGCUGGAUAUCUGGUGACAAAAUUGACUGCAGUGGAUCUGGACUCUGGUCACAAUGCCUGGUUGGCCUUUAACCUUUUAGAACCUAGCAGUUCUGCACUGGUCCAAGUUUCUAAACAUACAGGAGAGGUCAGGACUGUCCGAGGAUUUCAGGAGAUAGAAAAUACAGAGCAGCAAUUUAUCAUUUAUAUCAGUGAUCAUGGGGAUCCCCCAUUAUUUACUACUGUCACUGUACUUAUCAGUAUAGCAGAUGAUGUUGCAGUAGAAAAACCCAAAUCUGGAGAUUUCCUUAGAAAUUCUAAACCACCAUCAGACAUCACUUUAUAUUUAAUUGUUUCUCUUGUUGCUAUCAGUUUAGUUUCCCUUGUGACAUUCAUUAUACUGCUAGUGAAAUGUUUGAGGAAGGAAAGUUAUGAUUAUAGUAGCUGCUGUUAUCUUAGUGGAUCUGAAUCAAAAUCCUACUUGGAUCAGUAUCAGCCGGCUCUUUUUCUGAACACAUGGAACCUUAAAAUACAUGGAGGUCAGGAUGGUUCCUCCAGGGGGACAAGGACAAUUUUACCAAACUAGUGUGCCCCCAGCCCCACAACAGAGGGACUCAGUUUUUCUGCAGUCUCUGGAUUUUCCCCAGUUGCGUGAACUAGUUAAAGACAAUGAU